ACUAUAUAGAUUUGACAGUUGCAUGGUAGUCUAACCUAAAUGUUUAUCAGAUUUUAUUAAUACAAAAAUAUGUCUCUACUAAGGCAAUUUUGUUCAAAGCUAGCUCCAAUUCUUGUGAACAAUUCAGUAAGGAGCACACAAAAUGUAUCAGCAGCAAUUACAACAAACAGAUUCUUUUCAAAUAAACCAGCUCCCUAUGAGAUUGUCGAUCCAAAAAUUGAGAAGCAGGAACAACAAGAUAUUAUCAAAAAGGUGAAUGAGCAAGUGAAUGCUAACCAACAAGGGAGGAUAUUUGCAGUGGUUCAUUUAGCAGGAAAACAAUUUAAAAUAACUGAAGGUGAUGUUAUUGUUGUGGAGGGCUAUUGGCCACCUGGUCCUGGAGACAAACUCAAAUUGGAUAAAGUUUUAAUGGUUGGAGCAAAGGAUUUCACCCUGAUUGGUAGACCUAUUGUUGAAGAUGGAUUAGCAAAUGUGACAGCAACAGUUAUUGAAAAAACUUUAUCACAUACCAAAACUGAUUUUAAGAAGAAAAGGAGGAAGCAAUACAAGAAUAUCAACUUCUACCGUAUACAACAGACUAUGCUUCGAAUCAAUACAAUUGAUCUUAGUGGUAAAUUGAAUAAUCCCCCAGAUGUCACUGGCACAGAACAUAGAAUCCUUUAAAUGUAUGAAUUAAGUUAGGAAAGAAUAAAUAUA